CUCGGGGGGCCAUGCCGGGCGGCGGGGCCGGGCUGCGGCGGGCGCUGCUGGGAGCGUGGCGGGCGGCGGGAGGCGCCGGGAGCCCCGCGGCCAUGUCCUCCCAGUCUCACUGGUUGACGACAGAGGAAAGGAACCAAGUUUUACUGGAUCUCAAAGCUUCAGGCUGGACUGAGCUGGGAGAAAGAGAUGCCAUCUACAAGRAGUUCAAUUUCAAAAAUUUUAAUCAGGCUUUUGGAUUUAUGACACGUGUUGCUCUGCAAGCAGAGAAGAUGAAUCACCACCCAGAAUGGUUUAAUGUCUACAGCAAGGUUCAGAUAACUCUGAUUUCCCACGACUGCGGUGGGCUGACCAAGAGAGACGUGAAGCUGGCUCAGUUUAUUGACAAAGCUGCUGCCUCAGUUUAACCAGGAUGURAAUAGCUUUAAUGCAGUGUCCAUCAAUAUUUUGUGUUUAAAUGGUAUCCCUCCUUCCUUGUAAUCUUGAUUACMAAAACCCCUACAGAAAACAUAUUUUGUAAAAAGAGUGGCUUGGCUUUUCUGACCUUCAAGACCUUCGUCUUGAGACCCCUCUGGUUGCCUGUGCUUGUUCUUUCCCAUUGCUGGCUCUGCAGGAGGAUGUAGCAGAUAAACCAGCAAUAAAUAAGGUUUGAACAGUCCCUUUUUUAGAAACUAAGCUGAACUGGAGUGAAAUCAGGAGCCUACCCAUGUGUGUUGGUGUUCCCCAAGCCCACGGGAAUUGGUGGCAGCUGCCAUAUGAGCUUGCCCCAUGCCUGGUCACCUUCCUCCUAUAGAUUUAUACAUCUCUGCACUUCAAACAGUGUAAGAGCAGCCCAGCCAGGUCAGUCCCCUCUGGUUUGGUACCACCAUCUCUGCCAGUGACCAGUGACAAGAGCAAGGCACACUGGGGAGAGCAGARCAAGCUGCUGCUGUUGUGUCUGUGGAGUUGCAGCUCAACUGGCAGGAACAGCUGUAUCCAGUGUUGCUGCUUGAAAACCUUUCCCCAUCUGAGAGCACAGAAUCACAUAACUGCAGACUGGUUUGGAUUGGAAGGAGCCUUAAAGCUCAUCUCAUUUCAGCCCCCUGCUGCGGGCAGUGUCACCUUCCACUAUUCCAGUUUGCUUCAAGCCACAUCCAGCCUGGCUUGGACACUCCCAGGUGCAGGUCUGCAUCUUGCAAUUGCCAAGAACUUUAGCUGUGGUACCACAGGUACAACAAAGUCUUGGUGAGCUCCCAGCACUCACACCAUUAAAUGAAGCAGGCMCUCUGGUGCUUGGCCAGGUCAGUGCUCAGCACCCUGCAGGACUGAGCCACUAUUUGUGUUGUGGUGCUCUGGUACCUGCUGGAGCAGGGUGGCAGUGGCUUGGCCAAGCACCCAGAGCCCCAGCCAGGUGAAGGAAGCAGCAUUAGCAGGAUUCUUGCUAAGCUGACCUAGACUGAAGCUAUGCUCACCCUUUUUAUUUUGUAGCUACAAUCACUCAUUGCAAACAUCAUUGCAAGAGUUGCAGAUCCCACUGACAACAUUUAAAAUAAUUCCUUCCGUGGUUUGAAGUCUUCAUUUUUAUCCUGUGAUGCUCCCCGAGACAGAUUUGCAGUGCUGGCAGGGAGAUUUCAUCCUGCUGAAGGCUGCCCUCACCCCGCAAUCCCUGCACCGAGUGUCCCCAGCGUGCUCCGUCCUGCCCUGCCCUGGAUGGGACACUGACACCUCUGAAAUGCCAGACGGUGUUGCUCAGAUGACACACAGCCACCAGCUACCCAGAAGUGAGAUACAGGAGUGCCAAAAUCUAUAUCGGGGGUACGUGCGAGGUGUGUGGUCUCUUAGAUAUUUUGGGAUGCGAAAUGCCACGAACUGCCACCCAAGUGUUCGUGUCGAUAAAAUAAGAAAGAUAUUUUUUGUAAAUCCUUAGCAAACACACCGUCACGUGCUGAUUGGUCACACACAGGAAGCAAGAUGUUGGGGUUUAUUGUCAGUAACCCUACUUGGGAUAUCAAGUUAAUACCCAAAAAGACCCAAAUUCAGCCUACGUGCUCAGCUGUUCUUUUCUCACAAGUGCCUUUCCCCAGUGAAGUGGAGGAUUUCCCUGAUAUGGUUUGAAAAUGGUCACUGUUGUGAAGAGCGAAUAAAACUAAAACAAACAASCAGGCUGUGAUGUCUCCUGUUACUGGUGGGGAAGUGAAACGAGCUUCACCCAAAGUUUUGACAAUGUCUCUAAUGAACUGUGAAAAGUCUGUUGUUCAGAAUUGAUAUAUAACGCGUGGRCUUUGAAUAAAACCAAUAAAAUCAAA